CGUUGGUCAGCCUUGCGGAAUGAAAGUAGCGUCAUUUCACAUGGCUUCCAUCAGUUUCAGUACCAUUACUUUGCCUCCCUGCACCUGCUAUGAGGAACUUAUGGCACUAACCUUGUGAUGAUACUGUUUACACACCUUUCGCUUGAUGAUCUUGUCAACGGCCAUGUUGACUCUCCUUACCCCACUGGUAGUCUGGUAACAACAGUAUCUGACUCUACUGACCCCAUCCCCCAACUCGAGACGCCUUGCGUACUUUCACCCGCCACACUUUAAGCCAUGCAUCAGUCUUUCACGGGCAGUGCCCGGAAAGCGCGCCAGGUCAACCUCUCCGGAAAGAACAUUUCAAAUCCGUGGGCUGCGCUCUCAAAGCCUGGACCAAGUAAUGCCUCAUCGACUGUUACCCAGGCCCAGGCAGAUCGGGCCAAACGGCAGCAGGAAAGAGACAGAUUGAACGCUACAAGAAGGCUACAGAAAGUAUGGCGAGGUCAUGCAAGCCGACGGCAGCAGAAGGCAUUCUGGAGACAGAGAUGGGAUGAAAACGAAGCGGAGAGAUUAGGAUCUUCUGGACGCCCGGAUUACGAAGCACUUCUUGAGACGGCCGACAACAUCCCACCUUAUCAAGAUCCUGCACAGCUGCUUUUUCAACUCCGUCUACUCCUACGCUAUCAGGAGUUCAGAAGGGACAGUGUCAGGGAAGAGUUGGACACUAUCAGAUUAGUCUAUUUGGGCGAGGCUCUCCGGCACACCGUCUCGGCCUUACCACUUACUGAUCUCGAUUCCAUAUGGCGGCAUGCCAUUUGGAGGCUUGGUGUGGUUGUCGCCCGCCACCUCCAAAGUGUGGUACGACAUGAGGCAACGCCGCUCAGGACCUCGCAGGGGGCCCGCCUGUUACAGAUGAUUACCCUUCUCUGCAAGGUGGUGCCAGAUGAGGUUACGCACAAUCCGGCAAUCCUUUUUGACGCGAUGGAGAGAGUCCUAAGCACGCAAGGAGGUGGUUCGUGGCAAGAACCCACGAUCCAGGCAAUAGUGGCCAUCCUCACGUCCUCUCAAACCCACAAGCAGUCGGCUUACAUCUCCUUUGCCACCAGAAUACUCAGCCGGGACUCAUUUCAAGGCGACAGAGGUGUACUAGAGCAUCUUGCAACAGCACUGAACUUGGACGACUUGUCGAGUGCCGUAGCUUCAGAGGUGGAAAAUCUAAAGGGAGACGCCAAGGAUGGAGUUGACACCACCCAGUUGUUAUGGCAAUUGGCUCAUGUCAUAUACAUGCACGAUUGCCUGCAUAAAGGUUUCGCUGGUCCGACCACAUAUAUCGAAGCCGUAUCAGCACUUCUCGGCCAGUGUGCAAACGAGGUCGCAGCAAGGCUGGAUGUUGCAGAUCAGCCUAUGUAUGGUGACUCCGAAACAGGCGCGGAACCAUUGCCCUCGUUUGUGCGAGAGAUGAUUCUUCGAUUACCGGAACAGGACAACGUUCGCAACGUAUUGAAUGAGAUGGGCGCAGACAAGACCACUAGGACGAACGGGGAGAGAUCGGAAUUCAACUCUGCGAAGCGUCUGGCCAACUUUGCUGUCGCUUUGUUACGGGCGUUCCCUUCUAGAGCGCAGAACAUCCGGAUGUACUUGUAUCAAGGCUCAGUCCGAUCGAUAGGAGACACGGACAUGUCGACCAUCCAGUAUUUCUGGAGCACAGCGCGGACGACUGGUGUCUUCAAAAAGUCCAGUCAGAACUACAAGACCCUGUUAUCUUUGUUGAGAGAAGCAGCACCAGAGAGCAACCAGAUCGGCCAAUCCCCAGUCUCUAGGACAGAAGUCUCACGUUGGAGAGACGAGUGGCGUAUAAUUCUGCUCUUUCUGGAACUUUACACGUUUGUCUUGAAGUUUAUGGACGACGACGACUUUUUCGCCUAUGAAAAGACAAAGUCAUUUGGCUUUACUGGGGACACCACAACCAGCACUGUCUCGCGAAGGGGCGCAUUACCCUUGGAAGAUGUCGGGGUUAUGACGACCUUUUUGAAGAACCUCGCAUUCACUCUUUACUGGAAUGCGGCAGAUCUCGUGGAGAGCAAUGAAGCCGAGGAAGAGGCUAAUUUGUCUGCUCUCUUCGGCAGCUCAGGUCAACCAUCGACGAGGCCAACCGAGAAGAAACAGCAGACAUUGACAGGUAAUGGCGUUUCUCAAGGCUACUUGAAAGGUCUAGUUACCGGGCUUCUACGAAUGCUUCACGAAAGAGACUCGAGACGGUUAUUCGUACCCGCCAAUCACUGGCUCAUGAGCGAUCAGAUCAACAUGUCUGGCUUCAUACCCGCAGUUGCUGCGGAGGAAGAGAAAAGACAUGAACUUGGCGGUGGUCAGGACGCAGAGGAAGAGGAUGAAGACGCUGACAAAACUACUGAACUGGAUAUAGGGGCACUUCCCGGCCCGUCUGAUGCUCUGUUGAGCUCCAUGUUCGGCAUCCGCCAGCCGCAUAUGCCCCGAUCUAGGGCGUCACGGCAAGUUGAACACAUCGAGCGACAACGCCAGCAGGCGAGGAAGAAGAGACAGCUUGAGUCUUUGGCGCCACGCCUUGAGAUCCUGCGCAAUCUGCCAUUCUUCAUCCCUUUCGAAACACGAGUGCAAAUCUUCCGCGAAUUCAUUCGUCUCGACCAGAUGAGGAGACGAGAUGGGGCGAUUGAUCCCGAUCAAUGGAGGAUGUCGGUCGCUACUACCACACAAGGACGUGGACUAGAUGGACGACCACGAGGCCUAGACAUCAUCAGUCGACAUCAUGCCGAGAUCCACCGCGAGAGUGUCUUUGAAGAUGCUUACGGCGCUUUUUACGAGCUUGGUGAAAGUUUAAAAGAACCGAUUCAGAUCACGUUCAUCGAUAAGUUUGGUUCUCCGGAAGCUGGCAUUGAUGGCGGUGGUGUCACCAAGGAAUUCCUCAUGAGUGUCACCAGCGAAGCUUUCGAUCCCGACGCUGAUUUGCAUAUGUUCGUGGAGAACGCCCAGCGCUACCUCUAUCCCAGUCCAUUGAUCUACCAGGAAACGGCGGAGUACCUGAGACGUAAUGGACUCAAGGCCGGAACCGAAGGGUCCGACAAAUCGAUGACCGAACUUCUGCGUCGGUUCCAGUUUCUCGGUCGUGUCGUGGGAAAGUGUUUGUACGAAGGAAUUCUGAUUGACGUCAAUUUCGCAGGUUUCUUCCUGUUGAAAUGGGCUUUGACGGGCGGCACCACAGUCGGAUCGAAUGAGAGUGCGUAUCGUGCGACGAUCAACGAUGUGAGGGAGUACGAUGAAGAGCUGUACCAGGGCUUGCUGAAAUUGAAGAACUAUCCUGGUGAUGUCGAGACAGAUUUUGCGCUCGACUUCACUGUCACAGAUACUUUGACGACUAUGGACCAGUAUGGGAAGGAAGUUACCCGGACUAUCACCACGGAUCUCAUACCGAAUGGCUCGAAGACGCCGGUCACGAACACGAAUCGUCUGCUUUACAUUGACCGCGUCGUCAGGUACAAGUUGCAACAGCAACCGAAGGCCGUCACGGAUGCCUUUUUGAAGGGUCUGGGUCAGAUCGUCCAGCCAAUGUGGCUUGCCAUGUUCAACCAGAAGGAGUUGCAGAAACUGGUCGGUGGUGACAGCACGGAACUUGAUAUCGCUGACUUGCGGCGCAAUACUCAAUAUGGUGGUGUUUAUUCGAUUGGCGAUGACGGUCUCGAACAUCCUACUGUGCAGCUAUUUUGGAAAGCACUUCAGGAGAUGGACGAGGGGGAUCGAAGGAAAGUGCUCAAGUUCGUCACCAGCACGCCGCGCGCGCCAUUGUUGGGGUUUAGCCAUUUGAAUCCGAAGUUCAGUAUUCGCGAUUCGAGCGAUGAUCAGGAACGACUGCCGAGUACGAGCACUUGCGUCAAUUUGCUCAAGUUGCCGCGGUAUGGGGACCUCAGGACUAUGAGGGAGAAAUUGUUGUAUGCUGUCAAUGCUGGGGCGGGCUUCGACUUAUCAUGAGAGACGGCGGAAAGCAAAGUCAUGCACUAUGGUCGGGUAGUUAGAUGUUUCUAGCGUUCAGCCAAACUUUUGUUUCGUGUCAGAUUGAGAUAAGAGACCGAGCCAGUGUUGGUAGCUGCUCGGCGCAGAAUGAAGCUCUUUUUGCCGGUGUGCAGAGUGCGAUACGUAGUACUCAUGUUUGUGAUUCGAGAGCUGUAUCUUGUUCCGCAUUGGGACCAUUGAGGUACUGUAUGCAUGGAUCCUCCAAAGAUAGUGACAACCGAGUAAUCAGUGCUUCCUCAACUUAGGCAUCAUGCUGGUAGACGGGAGAGCACCAGGCUGCAACUGCCGUAGCUUUCGUACAGUGCUAUGGCUGGCUUGUUUAGGUACCGUGCAUUGAGCGGACGCGUAAUCUCGCUGGAGCGCUUGCUUCUUUGCUCUUGAGGCAGUCGUGCCAUGCCCAGGUGGUUCAAGAAAUCUG